AUGGCAUAUGCGAAUCAUCGUAACCAGAUAAACGUCUCUGGUCUUCCGAAUCAAGAACUCUCUGAUUUGAGAGCCGUCAAUCCUCUUCCUCCUCCGACAUUUGUUCCCGGACCUCCACUUGGUGUGAUAUACGUAAACCCUUAUUUUGGGCGAGUCGUGCCGCAAUUGGUACCUGUGAUCCCACCUCUUCGUUUUGCUUUGAAUCCAGCUGUGGUGGUUCGAAUGGAGGUCGAAAGAUCAAUGUCUCUGCUUCAGUUGAUGGAAAACGAGGGUCUCGUGCCUUCUCCAGAGGAAGAAAUAAAGAGGCAAUAUGUAAUUGACAAUCUCAAACAGAUAGUGAUGGAAUGGAUUAAGAGGAUUGCUUACCAACGUCAUCUUCCAAGAAAUUAUAUUAGAGCCGCUUCUGCCACGAUAUUAACUUAUGGAUCCUAUGGCCUUGGAGUUCAUAAUUCAGAGUCAGAUAUUGAUGGCUUAUGUGUUGGCCCAUACUUUGCUACGAUGGCAGAGGAUUUUUUCAUUGUUUUGCGCAAUAUGCUGGCAAGCAGGCCGGAAGUGUCAGAUAUUCACUGCGUGAAGGAUGCAAAAGUACCGUUAAUGCGUUUUAAGUUUGAUGGGAUCUCAGUUGAUCUUCCAUAUGCUCAACUUAAUGUAAUAUCUGUUCCUGAUAACGUGGACAUACUCAACCCAUUCUUUCUGAGCAAUAUUGAUGAAACCAGUUGGAAAAGUUUGUCAGGAGUACGUGCCAAUAGAAGCAUUCUUCAGCUUGUGCCGAACCUGGAGAUAUUCCAAUCAAUGCUGAGAUGUGUUAAAUUAUGGGCCAAAAGGCGAGGAGUGUAUGGUAAUUUACUUGGGUUUCUGGGAGGUGUUCAUUUAGCCAUCCUUGCAGCAUUCGUUUGUCAAAGGCAUCCAAAUGCCAGCUUGGGUGCUCUUAUUUCAAUCUUCUUUAAGACGUUUGCCUUUUGGCAUUGGCCAACACCUGUAGUUCUUCAGGAUGGAAUAACACAAGCAGUUCUUCCCGCUGAAAUGCGGUACUUGAUGCCUAUUCAAUUGCCAUGUAGCCCAUAUGAGUAUUGCCAUUCCAAUAUCACUCAAAGUACAUUCUCCAGAAUCAGAAGAGAAUUUCUCAGAGGAAAUGCUUUGACUAUGGAUCUUCUGAGGCCAGAUUUUGAUUGGAACACACUAUUUGUGCCUUUUCCAUAUUCAAAAAAGUACACACAAUUUGUCAAAAUAUGCCUUUUGGCUUCCAAUCAAGGCGAAUUAGCCGACUGGGUGGGCUGGGUCAAGUCACGUUUCCGCUGUCUUCUUGUCAAGCUGGAGGAGGUAGAAGGCUUUUGUGACCCCAAUCCUACAGAAUUUGUUGACGUGGAUGUAGCAGAACCAAAUAUUGUGCUUUACUGGGGACUACAACCGGGUAGGAGUGAAUUUGUGGACAUAGAUUCUGUUGAAGAAGAUUUUAUGAAGAGCAUUACUAAUGGGUAUCAAGCCCCCCCUGGAAAGAUGGCAUUAUCGAUUGUACAAGCAUCCCAAUUACCUAAGAGUGCUGCUGAGUUUGAUGGUGGUGGAAGGACCAAGGGCACAAAAGCGUGUUGGAGGAUUCCAGAUUUCAAUCAGCAAGGGGCUCCUGUGUACUCAAAGCAUCUGCCUCGCGACUUGGUUGGAUAUUUGGCGACCAGUGGAAAUGUCGAGUACUAUAAUGUGGGGAAUUAGUUUCUACCAGCAAUUCCUAUGUUAUAUUGUCAAUUUGCAUACAGAUUUUUUGGGUUUUUUUUUUUUUUUUUGACUGCACAGGUCUCAGUGAUACCGGUGAAACACAAUUUUUGAAGUCUCAAGUAAAAAAAUAAAAAAUAAAAAUAACAAAAAGAUAGGGUUAUGAUGAGGAAAAUUUAAGCACUUCUUGUAAAUUUCAUGUGAACAUUUUAGAUAUUUUGUUUAUUUUCUGUUCGUAAGAACAGAUAACAUUUAGCAGAUGUUUUUCUGGAUUUAUUGGAUUAUUUUUAUUUGCUGUUAAUUUGAUCUUGUCUGGGCUGCUUGGGUUUAGACUCGAG